AUGGACUACAACUAUCAUGGCCAGCAAUCCCACCCCUACUCAAUGUACGGGCUGCCAACCCCCGAUCAAGCACCGCACCAAUCCGACGACGCCCUACACAACCCAUUUCCCGUGAAUGCCUAUAACCAAUAUUUCCCCGGCCUGGAAAACACUUUGCGUAUCGACCCCUCAUCUUUUGUCCCGCCACCGCAUUCACCCCCGGACUCUUUCACCAAGCACUCCGUCUCCUCGAGUAAUGACUAUGGCAACAAUUCAAAGCUCGACCCGUCUUCGAUCGACGGCGAUGAAAAUCAUUUUGCAGAUGGCAUGACUCGCAGUAGUAGCGAGGAGAAGGAUUCCAUGACUCCGGCGCAAAGCAAGCGCAAGGCGCAAAAUCGUGCAGCUCAACGAGCCUUCCGCGAGCGAAAAGAGCGUCAUGUCAAAGACCUCGAAGACAAAGUUCACUCCCUGGCCGAAGCCUCCAGUACCCUUCAAGCAGACAAUGAGCGCCUCAAGCGUGAACUUGCCAAAUUCGCUACAGAAAAUGAAAUCCUUCGCGCAACAUCCGGCUCCAUGAAUGGUGGUGGCUCUCACAACCCCGCCAGCGCACAAGAACAGCCCGCAGUCACAGGUCCGAUGAAAUACACCCCCACAGACUUCUAUUCCACUUUGAUGCCCGAGGGCUCCGGGUGGGGUCCUGCACCAGGAAGCAGUGCCACUGCACCGCCGGCUUCACAUCGGGUUAUGGUGUGUGAAAUGACUGGGGAGAGAUUGCUUGAUGCCGGUGCUACGUGGGAUUUUAUCCAGGGUCAUGAGCUCUUUAAGGCGGGGCAGGUAGAUAUUGGGGAUAUUGCGGAUCGGCUUAAGGGGUUGGCUCAGUGUAAUGGGCAAGGGCCUGCUUUUAAGGAGGGGGAGGUAAGGAGGGCUAUCGAGGCGAGUGCUGCUGAUCGGGAUGAGUUGAUCUAA